AUGCAAACAUCAUACAUUGAGUGGACAUGUCAUGGGGAAACAUCUCAAGCUUUCAAUGAUGCAGAUGUAGGCAGAAGAGAUAUGAAUGAUCUUAAUAAUACAAAUGAAGAGGUUGAUGAGAUUCAAGAAAUCUUAGAAGAUAUACACAGGGGAACUUUCAUGAACUCUACUCCCAACAAUUCACCAGAUGAGGAAUGUGAUAAUAUUAUCGACAAAGAUGAAACAACUAUAUUUGAUAGAUUACUGAAGGAUGCACAACGUGAUUUAUACCCUGGUUCAGAUUUAUCAAUGUUGUCUGCUCUUGUAAAGUUACUACACAUUAAAGUUCUUAAUCGUUGGACAAAUAAAUCAUUCAACAUGAUCCUUGAAUUCAUAAAAUCUAUCUUGCCAAAGGGUGAAACACUUCCGUCUUCAUAUUAUGAAUCAAGGAAGAUUUUAUCAGACCUCAGAUUAGGCUGUGAAAAGAUUCAUGCUUGUAAAAAUGAUUGUUCUUUAUUUUGGAAAGAUUAUGAGGAUAAAGAAGAAUGUCCUCAGUGCAUGGAAUCAAGAUGGAAAGUUAAUGAUGGAAAAGGAAAGAAAAUUCCUCAUAAAAUUCUACGCUAUUUUCCCAUUACAUCUCGAUUACAAUGGCUAUUUAUGUCAAGAAAAACUGCUCAUGAGAUGAGGUGGCAUAAGGAAAAUCAAAUUGUAGAUGAAAAUUUAUUAAGGCAUCCAGUUGAUUCUAAAGUUUGGAAGGAUUUUGACAUUAGCUUUCCUUGGUUUGCAGAAGAUUCUCGUAAUGUACGCCUUGCAUUAGCUUCAGAUGGAUUCAAUCCUUUUGGUAAUAUGAGCACUUCUUACAGCAUGUGGCCCGUCAUUCUUAUACCAUAUAAUUUACCUCCUUGGAACUGCAUGUCUUCUGAGUUCAUGUUUAUGACACUAUUAAUUCCUUGUCCAGUUGCUCCUGGGAAAGAAAUAGAUGUAUAUUUAAAGCCUCUUAUAGAAGAAUUAAACAACUUAUGGGUGAAUGGUAUCAUAACUUAUGAUUCUGUAAGUAAGAAUACAUUUCAAAUGCAUGCUGCUCUUUUAUGGACUAUAAAUGAUUUUCCAGCUUAUGGUAUAUUGUCGGGUCAUAAAGUACAUGGUUACAAAGCUUUCCCAAUAUGUGACAGUGAAACUUCUUCACAAUAUUUGCGAAACAAAAUGUGUUACAUGGGUCACAGACGUUUCUUGCCUAAAGAGCACAAAUGGAGAAAAAGUAGAAAGUUUAAUGGCAAGCAUGAAGCUAGAGUGAGACCUCAAGUUUUAUCAAGAGAUGAAAUAUUAUCAGAAAUGGAAUCAUUAAAGGAUUUGAAGUUUGGAAAGCAUCCUAGCUGUAAAAAAAGAAAACAUAACCUUCAUGAAUCAACUUGGAUAAAAAAAAGUGUAUUUUUUGAGUUGCCAUAUUGGAGAAGUCUCACAUUACGUCAUAAUCUUGAUGUAAUUCACAUUGAAAAGAAUAUUUGUGACAACAUUCUGGGGACCUUAUUAAAUAUAGAAGGAAAGACAAAAGUUACAGAGAAAGCUCAUUUGGAUCUACAAGAUAUGGGCAUAAGGCAUGAGCUACAUUUGCAAAACUAA